ACGUGUCUGGCAGCACUAUCGUGUCGGUUUGGAAUCCUGACGCCGUUUGAAUGCGGCGCGCGGCCCCUCGUCUGUUUCCCCCCCUCCCCCGUCCCCGACACUCACAACGGCCGCCGGGGGGAACGUCUGACUGAGGCAGGGCUUCCGCACGCUGUGGGUACGCAGUGAUUUGUCCCUGCUAAGGAUGAGUUUGUGACUUUGAGGAGCAGUUGGUGCACGUUUGCUCGGGAGUAUGACUGGUUGGCCAUGGUCCUCAACUCAUUGCUGAAGUUGGUUCAGAGGCAGACUUACACCUGCCUGUCCCAUCAAUAUGGCCUUUUCCUCUGCUUUGCAGGGUUAGUGCUCAUGAUUGUGUCUGGCUUUCAGUUUGGCGAGGUUGUCUUGGAAUGGAGCAGAGACCAAUAUCAUGUCAUGUUUGAUUCUUAUCGUGACAAUGUGGCUGGAAAAUCAUUCCAAAAUAGGUUGUGUCUGCCAAUGCCAAUUGAUGUGGUCUAUACAUGGGUGAAUGGUACAGACCCUGGUUUGCUGAAGGAACUGCACGAAGUGCGGGAACAGAUGAAGAAAGACCAGCAAACACUGAAAGAGAGUCUUGGAAAUGCCACAGAAGCCACUAAGCAAAGUGAGAAGCAGCCAGAAUGCUUGUUAUCGCAAUGUGUUAAGGGACCAAUGAUUGUUUUGGAUCCAAGUUUACCAGCAAAUAUUACAGUCAAGGAACUGCCUUCGCUGUACCCUUUCCUUCAGGCUGUAAAACAAAUAUUGCAAAUACCAAAGCUGAAAAAUCCAUUAUCCAAUAUUACUGUAAUCAUGUUUGAUAAUCUAAAAGAAGUGGAUGAUGCGCUUUCAGCAAUACAGAAGCAAAAUGAUAAACUUCUGGGAUGGAGAGGCUAUCUGACCACAGACAAAGAAUCACCUGGGUCAGUCCUAAUGCAAAAUCUUGCUUUUCUAAGUGGCUUUCCAGCAACAUGCAAAGAAGAGGAACAACUUCGAGCCAAACUCCCACCAGUUGUUACUGACAAAAUGAAACAGCUACAAUUGUAUUCUGAAACUGGUGUUGUGUUACUGCUGCUUAAUGAUCCCAGGGAUUUUGUGGAGCUAACUAAACAACCCAAGAACAACAUGACUAUAGAAGGAAAAGAGAUCACAAUCAGCCCUGUAUAUUUAUUGUGGGACCUCAGCACCAUCAGUCAGUCCAAGCAGGAUGAUGAUAUUUCAGCCAGUCGAUUUGAGGAUAACGAAGAAUUACGAUAUUCUUUGCGCUCUGUGGAAAGAUAUGCACCUUGGAUUCGACACGUAUUUAUUGUGACAAAUGGUCAAAUUCCCUCCUGGUUAAACUUGGACAAUCCUCGUGUUACAAUAGUAACGCACCAGGAAAUUUUCAGAAAUGUUAGCCAUUUGCCAACAUUCAGUUCCCCAGCUAUUGAAACGCACCUGCACAGGAUACCAGGUCUUUCUCAAAAGUUCAUUUAUCUAAAUGACGAUGUAAUGUUUGGAAAGGAAGUGUGGCCUGAUGAUUUCUACUCUCAUUCUAAUGGACAAAAGGUUUAUCUCACGUGGCCAGUUCCAAAUUGUGCUGAUGGAUGUCCAGGGUCCUGGAUUAAAGAUGGCUACUGUGAUAAAGCUUGCAAUAAUUCAGCUUGUGAGUGGGAUGGAGGUGAUUGUCUUGGUAACACUGCAGGUUCUCGUGGCGGAGGUGCUGGAGGAGUGUUGAAUGUACAGGCCUGGCAGUUUGCUGGAGGAUUCCCUGGAGUAACAUAUUGCAACCAAGGUUGUGCCAACUCCUGGCUGGCUGACAAGUUUUGUGAUCAAGCUUGUAAUGUCUUAUCAUGUGGGUUUGAUGCUGGUGAUUGUGGGGAAGAGCACUUUGACCGGAUGUAUGAUGUAAAUCUCCAGCUUAAUCAGACUCAUUACGUGCUUCCGAAAGGUGAGGCUUUGCCUUAUUUCCGUUUUGGGGCCUUGGCUAACAAAAUUACAGAGGCAUCAUUCACAGAUAAUGCUAUAGUUCGUCAUGCUUCCGUGGCCAACAAAUGGAAGACUAUUCACUUGAUCAUGCAUAGAGGAAUGAAUGCAACUACAAUCCAAUUCAAUUUGACUUUGCUGGAUAAAAGUGACAAGGAGUUUAAAAUGCACCUCAGUAUAGAAGCUGACACCAGAGAAGAUCAGAAAUCAAACCAAACUGUCAAUUCAAAGAAGCAAGAAAGGGCUCAAAAUUACACUGAAGCACCAUCAGAAAUGGAAAUUCAAUUCAAAGAUAUUGCUGAAGAGCUACAAUUCCCCAAAAUUCAAAAAAGGACUUUAGAUGAGUUGAGUAUCAACCUUCUAAUGGAUCUUCAGCUUAUUGACACACCCCAACUGCCUGCUGAUAUUCAGAAAGCACUGAGAGAGUUGGACGUAAAGCUAGAAGCUGGUGAUAUCACACUUAAAGGGUACAAUCGAACGAAGGUGUUGAUUUUGGAACCGUUCAGAAAACUUGUACAUUCUUCACAGCAAAAUGGUACUAAAUACACUGUCGCUAGGCAUAUAGAAAAUAUUGCUUUAGAAAAGAAUGUAGGCUUAUUGGAAAAGGAAGUUGCAGGUGAAGGACAUAUUGAAGAGAAUGAUGCUAAGAAUCCCCUAACAAAAAAACAAAUUGAGAAUGGGGAGGUUCGAAGAAAUGGACAAGCCAGUGAUCAAGUGUCUGUAAAUUCCUUGCUUUCAAUGAAACUAAAUAAUCUGUUAAAAAGCUCUUCUAAAGAUGCAUCAGAGCUCCAAAAAGCUGUGGUCAAACCAAUGACAUCUCAGAAAAUACUUAAUAUUCUUAUACCAAAUGAUAGCAGCAAGUUUAAACAAGAUCAGAAUGUGAGGGGAAAAGAAGGGAACUUCAAACAUCAAGAGCAAAGAUUCCUAAAAGAAGCUAAUGCUGAGGCUGCAGAAAUUGAAAUAAAAAACAUCCCAGGACACGCCAAUAGAAAGCUGCAGUAUCACGCUGGAAGUAAUGCUGGCUUUUUACCUUGGGAAAAGCAAGGAUAUUUCCAAGAUCUCAUAGAAGAGGAUGCAAAACUCGAGAAAGCAUUUGCAUACCACACUGACAGUAAUCAUGUGGGAAGAAAACUUAAAGACACAUUUGCAGACUCACUGCGCUAUGUAAAUAAACUUCUCAAUACUAAGUUUGGAUUUGCUUCGAGAAAAGUUCCUGCCCAUAUGCCUCAUAUGAUUGACCGAAUUAUCAUGGAUGAUCUUCAAGCAAUGUUUCCAGAGGCAUUUGACAAGACCUCUAAUCAUAAAGUGCGUCACUCUGAAGACAUGCAGUUUGCAUUUUCAUAUUUUUAUUAUGUAAUGAGCGCACUACAGCCAUUAAACCUUUCUGAUGUUUUUGAUGAAGUUGACACUGAUCGAUCGGGAAUCCUCUCUGAUCGAGAAAUCCGGACGCUAGCAACGAGGAUUCAUGAACUCCCACUGAGCUUGCAGGACCUGACUGGUCUGGAACAGAUGCUCAUUAAUUGCUCUAAGAUGCUUCCCACAAAUGCUACUCAAAUUGACAAAGUCCCUCCCACCCUGGAGGCAUAUUAUGACCCAAACCUGCCACCAGUGACCAAAGGACUUGUAAUGAACUGCAGACCCAUUACUGACCGUAUUCGCAAGGCUUACAAGGAUAAAAAUAAGUACAAGUUUGAAAUCAUGGGAGAAGAAGAAAUUGCCUUUAAAAUGAUUCGUACUAAUGUUUCUCAUGUUGUUGGUCAAUUGGAUGACAUCAGAAGAAACCCAAGGAAAUUUGUUUGUUUAAAUGAUAACAUUGACCAUAAUCAUAAGGAUGGAGCUACAGUGAAAGCCGUGCUUCGAGAUUUCUAUGAAUCAUUGUUCCCCGUGCCAUCCCAGUUUGAACUUCCAAGGGAGUACCGUAACAGAUUUCUCCAUAUGCAUGAGCUUCGGGAAUGGAGGGCUUACAGAGAUCAGUUGAAGUUCUGGACGCACUGUGUACUGGUGACACUAAUUAUCUUCACAGUUUCUUCUUUUUUUGCUGAACAGCUGAUUGCACUAAAACGAAAACUUUUUCCAAGAAGACGGAUGUACGUGAAUGUUGCUGCAGAUCGAAGCAGUGUGUAGAAAAUGAGAACACCGAUCUCCCUCAGUUCUUAAUCUGGAAUUCAGACAGCUGGCCAGCAACAAUGAAAAACAUUUUGGCAGUGAUUAAUCACCGAAUGAAAACAAAUCCACCAACUGAAUUAAGGAAAUCCACAAGAAUCUAUCAGCGUACCAAAGGGGAAUUGAAUUCUUCGCUAAUCACCAUGUUAUGUACCUGAAAUGUACAGCUCCAGAAAAUGAGGAUCAUUGCAGAAACAGGGAUGAUGAGAUCUCAGUGGCUGGUUGUCGGCUGCCUGGGUUUAGCAGUGUUUAGACCCUUGACAUUUUAACCUGAACCAAAGUUAUUGGAAGCAGGCAGAUAAAUCGAAAGAGUAUGUCACUGGGAAACAAUGACAAAACUUGAGCUCACAAAAGAAACUGAUGGACCUUCUUUCUAAAUCAGUUACUCAAGUGCCAUUCCAUGCCAAAUGAACUGACAUCCUUCAUGGACAUCAUGUUGUGGAUGGUGGGCUGGGCUACUGCACUAUUAAAGAACACAAAUACCUUUUUGCCAUGUGCUAAAUUGUGAAAGAAAGAUAUUGUGGCAUUUCUCUGCAGUGACCACAAAGGUUACAAAGAGCAAAGAUGGAAAACAGGUAUUAAUGAUGCUGCCAUAGUAUUUGCAAUGCACUCUCCAGCCAGUGUGGAGAACAAUAUAUUGUAUCACAAGACAUUGUGUGUUGUAGGUCCUUUAUGCACUGUACCCCAUGAAUGCAGCAGGCGUGCUGACCUGCUAUAACAUGGCAUUCUGCAGUUGUCCUUCCAAUUUCUACAUAAAAUGUCGGUAAAUGUAUUUUAACAGUCACAAAGUAGUUGAGUAUAAAAGAAUGAAUCUAACCUUCAUCAGUUAAAUGUUCUUCACACCUCACAGAAAUUCCCAAGUGCCUGUCUUGGUGUUACAUGUUUGUUUGUUUUGGAGAAGGUGAUUUCAACUUUUAUGAAUUGGCUAAAAUAAAUUUAUUCAUUUUUGUUUAGUUAACCUAUUUUUGAAGGGCGAAUGUUUUAUACAUUUAAGUAGCAGAGACCAAUCCCAUUGAAAUGUAAGAAAAUGUACCUUUUUUAAACUUUUGGUCUUUUAUUUAAAAUUAGGUUUUGGCAACAAGAAAUUUAAAAAAUAAAUCAGUAUCAGAAGCACAUAACAGUCUUUUGACUCUAAGUCAACAGACUUCACUUAACCAGGAUAACUUGUUCUCAUUUUUAACCAUCUUGUUUGGCGGGAUGUCAUUUUUUUUACAUAAGUUCUUGAAAUUGACACAAAUCAAUAAAUAGCUGUUUUAAAGCAGUAAAGGAUUCCCGGAAUAUCUCUUUAGCAUGGCUCUUUAGUCAUGUGUUAUUUUAAGUAACAAUCCCUUCAUUGGUUUGAAAAUGUAGAGAAGGUCUGCCACAUGUGGCUACUCUUCAGAUGAACGCAUUUGACAUCCUUUGAGCCAAUCAUAAUCCAUUCACCCUUGUCAUAAAUCUGGUCAGAGUAGACUAGCUACAAUCACAUAGCUUUGUCCAAAAUUUAACGCAGCUGUUUGUAAAUCUAAUCAUUUCCCUUUUUGUUUUUGUGAAGGGCAUGCUGUGUGAGUUCUUUUAAGAAGAACUGUUGCACAUUUUGAAGGCAGAAAUGUCACUCUAAAUAGGGAAUUUAUGAAGAAAGUUUACUGAACUUUGCAGACUUAAGUUUAGAUUCAAAGUAUCGCUGAACAAAUGUGAUGUAUGGGUAUUCAAAUGAUGAAAGCUUCAUUUGUGUAAAAAUGUGUGCUGCACUGUUGCAAAAUUAGAAGGAAUCUGUCUUGUGCCUGCACAAAAAAAUGAAAUGCACUCUUUGGACAAAUGUGGAAUAUUACAGAUUCUGGAAAUCUGAAAUAAAUACAAAAUAUUGGAAA